GUGGCGAAGGACAUGCGGAGAGGACCUGGCCAAAAGCGGCGGGUUGACGGUUGGGUGGUUCAGGUAGUUUCAGUACGUUUCAGUACGUUUCUGGUGGGCUGAGGUGGUUCAGGCCAAGCCGUGUGUGUAAACGUAAACAGCUCGGGCAGCCCUGGCUCCGUUGUUUGCCUUAUAAAUACGCACGCUCUACUUUAAACAAAAGCGGAGUCGCCCAUUCCGGAUCCCUAUCCCAUCCACCCACGUACACGUGCCCGUCCUGCCGCCGUCCUCAGUGUUGUGCGUCAGUGUGUGCAAAACAAAUUUAAACUUUACACCCAAAGUUGAUUUUUAUGAGCGAAACUUUAAAUAAUGGAAUUAUCUGACAAGACAAGAAGUUGCCAAGAGACGAGGCCAAGGAAAAGCCACGGAAGACCAGGACCAGGACCAGGCCAAAGUGCUCAGCCCCCUAAGCGAUAAUGAAAGAACGAGCUAACUGAUUGGGCCAAUAUAAAGUUUGCAGUCGCUUCGAAACCAAUCAAUGGUGUAAUUUAUGCCGCUAUUUUCUCCAAGCCCCUUGCAUCCACCAGCCCCAUCGCACAUCAGCAUACCAAAAACCGAACCAGGCCACCAUCUCCCCCACUUCGGCCCGUUAUUAAAUAUUUAUUUACACUUCAGCUACAAUAAUUCAUUGAUGCAUCGAGCGCCUGGCACGACACGCUUUCUCUUUUCACCGCCUCCGACUGGUUGGGGUCGCUCCAGAACUGAGCUGAACAGGUUGGGUCGCUGGCGGGCACGACCCGGCAACGUAAACGUCAGGACUAACCUUUGCCCGAUGUCCUUCAAAGGCGCCGUCGCUGUGAAAGCAACAGCUGUGCGCUCUCUCUCUCUCUCUCUUCAUCUCUCUCUCAGCCAGCGAGCUUCGUCCUGCGAAGCUUCCUUGGAUGUCUCACUUCCAGUUUCGAACUUGGCCAAAGCCCUCUUAUCAAAGCUUUCGAUAUAGGCGGAUUGAAAGGCGGCUCAAGCGAGGGCCAUUCGAAAGUUUGCCAGUUGCCUUGAGUCAUUUACCACAAGCCAAACACUCUUUUAUAGUCACAAACAUUCCUACCCUUUCGUCACUGAUAAGAAACCUACUUAUAAAGCGUCGGAAAAGCGGUCCUAUAAAAAGCGAAAAACAUUAUAGAAAACUUCAGUACGACUUCAACUGCUGAUCAAAAUGCGUUUUUCCUUACUAGCUGCUUUGACUUUGGCUCUUGUGGGCUUAACCAGAGGAUCGGCGACUGAAGCAGACAAACAAAAAUUCUGCGGCUUCCUUAAAGAAGUGGAGACUAAACGAAUGUUUUUGUCAAACUCUUUAGCACGAAAAGCUAUACACGUCGGUGUAGAAGUUUCGGAAAUGCUAGACCGCAGUUCAAGCUUUAGAGAGUUCAUAAAGGACAAACGUCACAUAGCUUACUCAGAUCCCAUAAGCCAAAUCAAGUUUCUUUUGCGUUUUCGUUGCAACUACAAGAAAAUGAUCCUAUGCAAUAGGAAAUAUAACAGCAAUCCCGAAUACAGAAGUAUCUACAACGCUUACAAAUCGGAAAGCAAUGCAGUGAUUGCGGAAUUCGAUCGAAAAAUGGAGCGAGAUGCUAACCAGAUGCUGAGCCAAAUGCGAAGCGCAUCAGUCUCAACCAAAGAUGCAUUUGAUGACCAUAUCAGAUCUUAUUUAGAUCGUAAAGGAAUAGUUUCCCACUGCAUGAUGGAUCGCUUUUUGGAAAGAGCGAAGGCCGAGUACGAAUGUACUUACGAGAUGUACUAUCUUUAAUGUUAAAAUAAAUAUAUUUUUUGUUAAAUAACAUAAAA